AUGUCUGAUUUGAAAACUGGUCAUGCUGGCCAUAACCCAUUGGCUUCAGUAGCUAAUUCCGGCCCAAUCUCCAUUUUAUCCUAUUGUGGUUCGUCCAUUUUGAUGACCGUCACUAACAAAUUCGUGGUCAACUUAAAAGACUUCAACCUGAACUUUGUUAUGUUGUUUGUGCAAUCUUUGGUUUGCACGUUGACCUUGAUGAUCCUACGUGUAUUAGGGUAUGCCAAGUUCCGUUCAUUCAACAAAACAGACGCUAAAAAUUGGCUUCCUAUCUCCUUUUUGUUGGUCUUGAUGAUCUACACUUCCUCUAAGGCUUUGCAAUACUUGGCCGUCCCCAUUUACACCAUUUUCAAGAAUUUGACUAUUAUCUUGAUUGCUUACGGUGAAGUCUUAUUUUUUGGUGGCUCCGUCACCUCAAUGGAAUUAUCCUCAUUUUUGUUGAUGGUUUUAUCAUCCAUUGUCGCUACCUGGGGUGACCAACAAGCUGUGGCUGCCAAGGCUGCUUCAUUGACUGAUGGAACUCUUGGUGCUGUUGCCGCUUUCAACCCGGGUUAUUUCUGGAUGUUCACCAAUUGUAUCUCUUCUGCAUUAUUUGUUCUUAUAAUGAGAAAGAGAAUUAAAUUGACCAACUUCAAAGAUUUCGACACCAUGUUUUAUAACAACGUCUUGGCUUUACCCAUCCUACUAUUAUUUUCGUUCUGUGUGGAAGAUUGGUCUUCUGCUAAUUUGACCAACAGUCUAACUAACGAAUCGGUAACUGCGAUGAUCAUCAGUGGUGUAGCCUCCGUCGGGAUCUCUUACUGUUCUGGUUGGUGUGUUCGUGUGACUUCAUCCACUACCUACUCUAUGGUCGGUGCUUUGAACAAGUUGCCAAUUGCUUUAUCUGGUUUGAUUUUCUUUGAUGCUCCAAGAAAUUUCCUAUCCAUUUUCUCCAUCUUCCUAGGUUUCUUAUCAGGUAUUAUUUAUGCUGUUGCUAAACAAAAGAAACAACAAGCCCAACCAUUACGUAAAUGA